ACACUGGACGGUUAGAUCCUCUAAAAAAAAUGGACUUGCACGGUAGAUUGAUCGAAUUUUUGGUUUCACAGGGUACACAACCACACUUCAUGGUCCCUUGCCUGGCUCUCCCUCCUUGUUCCUGGGUGCCCAGCCGAGGGAUCCAUGACGCUGCGGCCGCUCGCCCGCCGCGCCCUCCACCGCGUCCACCUACCUCCGCCGCCGCUCGCAUCCUUCUCAUCCGGCAUCCGAGGCCACAUCUUCCUCCGCCUCUCCACCUCCUCGUCUGACCAGCCGCACUUCAUCGUCGACUACCUCGUCUCCACCUGUGGCCUCCCGCCGGACAAGGCCGCCAAGGCGGCGCCGCGGUUCGCGCACCUCAGCUCCCCGGCCCGUCCCGACGCCGCGCUGGCCUUCCUCCGCUCGCGGGGGCUCACCCGCGCGCAGGCCCGCGCCGUCGUGUCCUGGAACCCCGCGGUGCUCCUCAGCGACGUGGACGCCACCAUCGCGCCCAAGUUCCGCGCCGUGCGGGCGCUGGGCCUCACCCGCGCCGAGGCCGCGCGCCUCUUCGCGCUCUACCCGGCCGCGCUCACCAUGGGCGUCCACACCACCCUCCUCCCGCGCCUCCUGCUCUGGCUCGACCUCCUCGGGUCCGCCAGGUUACUGAUGAAAUGGCUCGCCAAGACGUGGCUGCUCAGGAACAGCGUCGACGCGCUCCUGCAGAACCUCGACGCGCUCCGGGGCCACGGCGUCCCCGAGGCGCGCCUCGCCGCCACGGUGCGCCUGAAGCCGUCGCUCAUCAUGCAGUCGCCCGCCAAGCUCCGGGCGCUCGCCGCGCGCGUCGACGCCUGCGGGGUGCCGCGCGGCUCCGGGAUGUACGCGUGGGCGCUCCUGACGCUGCACAACGUCAGCGACGCCGCGUUCCGGGCCAAGAGGGCCGCCGUGAUGCGCGGGACCGGGUGCACGGAGCAGGAGUUCCUCGCCAUGUUCCGCCGCGCGCCGUGCUUCCUGUUCAUGUCCGCCGAGCUGCUGCGCCGCAAGGUGGAGUUCCUGGUGGGCACCGUCGGGUGCGGCGCGGACCACAUCGUCAGGGACCCCGUGCUGCUGACGCUCAGCCUCAGCAAGCGGAUGGUGCCUCGGUGCCGCGCCAUCGAGGCCUUGAAGGCCAGAGGCGUGGACAUCGGCAAGGAGCGGCUGGUGAACAUCGUGAGAGCUUCGGAGGCCAGGUUUGUGGAGAGGUAUAUACUGAGGUAUAGCGAUCAGGCGCCCGAACUCCUCGAGAUGUAUCCUCUUGAUCACUGCAAGCGGAGCUCGCGUGGUGAUUGCUCCACCAUUGCCAGCAGCUGCAGCUAGCAGGGUGAUGGAUUUAACAUUUUGUUCUGACUCCUGCGUAAUGUGUGUUGAGGUUCAGAUUUGGAGGUUGGCAUUGACAUUGUUUAAAGAUGAUUCGAGCAGAACAGAAGCUGAUAAAAGCAUGUUCUAUUUGCAAUACAGAGGCAUAUGUGUAAACAAUUAAGCGUGCUGCACUGUCAUUUGGUUCUGAGCUUCUGGCUUUGCCGUUAGCUGCUGCUUCGUAUUCUGAAUGAGUUGAAAUAGCAACAUUCUUCGCUGGCCCGUUUAACUGUGCCGGCAUGGUUUCGCUGACAUACCUACCUAAUCUCAAGUUGUAACUCUUUUUCUGUCAUCACUUGGCUCUGUCACUUGUCAUCCCGUCCCCUCUUUUUUUUCCUGCAACUUUCAAGACGAAGUUCGGCAGACACAGGUGCUGAAGUAAGGCAUUUGGAGAUGAAUUCUUGACGAGCUGGAACAUCAUCACAACACUGCUACGCACAAUUUCACAAUGCCGCAGAAAAAAAAAACAAGAUUACGAACAGAACGACGCUAAAUUACAUUCCCUUGAGUCUCUACCAAAACAUAGUUUCAGUUGCAGUACGUAGCGAAGUGUUCAGCAUCAGCAGAAUAGGUCAGCUAACCUAAUACGUCCGUUAAAAAAAAAA